CUCAGCCUCCCAUGUUCUUGCCCUUCCCCUCCCCACGGGGGAGGGCGGCGUGGCAGGACAGGGAGCGGGACAGGACACAGCAGGGAGCGCCUGCGACCCCGGGGGCUGCCCCUGCGAUGGAGCCCUGUGACCCACACGUGAAGAGAGUCGCUGUUGUCGGAGGUGGCCUGGUGGGUGCAUUAAAUGCCUGUUUCUUUGCCAAACGAGGCUUCCAUGUUGACGUUUAUGAAGCCAGAGAAGACAUUCGUUUUGCCAGCUUUGCCCGUGGCAGAAGCAUUAACUUGGCCCUGUCUCACAGAGGACGCCAAGCCCUCCGAGCCGUGGGGAUGGAGGAGCAGAUUGUGUCCAAGGGCAUUCCCAUGCGGGCAAGGAGGAUACACACACCCUCAGGGAAAAAGUACUCUAUCCCUUACGGGAAGAAGAACCAGUACAUUCUGUCUGUGGACAGAGCAAACUUAAACAAAGAGCUGCUGACAGCUGCUGAGAAGUACUCCAACACCAAGCUGUACUUUGGCCACAAGCUCCUGGAGUGCAACGCAGAGCUGGGGACGUUAUCCAUAAAAAGAUCUGACCAGCAGACCUUGGAGGUCACCUACGACCUCAUUGUGGGAUGUGAUGGAGCCUUCUCAACAGUCAGAAAGCAGUUCAUGAGGCAAACACGCUUUAACUACAGUCAGCAGUACAUUCCUCACGGCUACAUGGAGCUGACCAUCCCUCCCAGAGAUGGAGAUUUUGCCAUGGAACCAAACUACCUCCACAUCUGGCCGAGAAACACCUUCAUGAUGAUUGCACUGCCCAACAUGGACAAGUCCUUCACCUGCACGCUCUUCAUGCCCUUUGAGGAAUUUGAGAAGCUCACGACGGGCGAGCAAGUGCUGGGUUUCUUCCAGACCUACUUCCCAGAUGCCAUCCCCCUCAUUGGAGAGCAAGAGCUGAAGCGUGACUACUUUGUGCUGCCAGCCCAGGCCAUGGUGUCUGUGAAGUGCUCCUCCUACCACCUGGGUUCCCGGUGCGUGCUGAUGGGAGAUGCCGCCCAUGCUGUCGUGCCCUUCUACGGACAGGGCAUGAACGCGGGUUUUGAAGAUUGUCUGGUCUUUGAUGAAUUAAUGGACCAGUUCCACAAUGACCUUGGUGCCUGCCUCCCUGAGUUCUCCAGACUGAGGGUACCAGACGACCACGCCAUUUCAGAUUUAGCCAUGUACAACUAUGUGGAGAUGCGCGAGCACGUGAAUUCCACGUGGUUCAUUUUCCGGAAGCACGUGGACAACUUCCUCCACGCCCUCAUGCCCUCCACCAUCGUCCCGCUGUACACCAUGGUGACCUUCACCAGGAUUCGCUACCAUGAGGCCCUUCAGCGCUGGAAAUGGCAGACAAAGGUAAUUAAUCGAGGGAUCUUUGUCGUGGGGGCAGCAGGGCUGGGUGGCACCUACCUGCUGGUAAAGCGCCUGGCACGGAACUUGGACCUCUGCGUGGAAACCUUGUGGGGCUGGUCCCAUUACCUGAAGAACAUUGGAAAUCUUCCCUUUGGCACGCAGGUGGCUUAAAUGUAAGGGAGGCUCCUUAUAAUAAAAGCAAAGGCAUGGGCUGU